UUAAUUAUUUUUAUGAAAACCUUCUGUAAUUGCAUCGUCGAACAUAAAAUAAGGGCACCACAUGGUGGAACAGGACGAUUGAUUGGUGGCACUAUGGCAGCUGUAGGUCAGUUCCCAUUUAUACCUUCCGUUAGUAGGAAUGACCAGCACCUUUGCGCUGGAUUCAUUUACAACGAGAAAUGGGUCGUCACGUCAGCCAAGUGUAUUUACGGAAAGCCAAAGGAAGAAUUUAAAGUACUAGUGGGUGCCUUGUCGUUUGUCACACCUGAUCCGGGAGAACAAAGCAUUGGAGUUUUCGAUAUGGUUUAUUUUCCGCAGUAUGACGAUGUGACUCAGAAACACGACGUCGCGCUUAUCGAGGUUUCUAAGCCGAUUUUGUUUGGCCCAACUACCCAGCCAAUGCCUUAUGGUGAAAUUGACGAAUUGGCCCAACCAUGGGAUGCAAAAAUCGUCGGAUGGGGAGCAACUUUUGAAGAUGGGCUUCCUUCCACAAGACUCCGAUGGGGACCUAUCGAUAAUCUUGCUGCUGAUUGUAGUUCUUACGAUACUGAAGAGUACAUUGAGAGCCUCAUGAUUUGUGCUGGUUCCUCAUCAGGAGUCUCUCCAUGCGAAUAUGACGAGGGUACACCGCUUACUCACGUCACUAAUUUCGAAGGAAUCCAAAAAGAAGUUAUAAUUGGCAUCAUGUCGAAGAAUCAAGGCUGUUCAAAUGCUACGAUUCCAACGAUUUACACUCGUCUGCCAGCCUAUUCCUCCUGGCUUGUUCAAACCGCAGGUCCGCAAGCCAGCCCUAAUGUCUUAGCACCACAGUUAUAAACGAAAUAAAAAUUCAUGUGUUGAUUUACAUUC